ACACUCUGCUGAAUGUGUUCUUGGCCAUCGCUGUGGACAAUUUAGCCAACGCACAGGAACUGACCAAGGACGAACAGGACGAAGAGGCGGCUAACAGUAAGAAGAUCGCCCUGCAGAAAGCCAAGGAGGUGGCUGAAGUCAGCCCAAUGUCUGCCGCCAACCUCUCCAUCGCAGCCAACAAAGUACACAGUGAGUGUCACAACGCUACCGACCCCUUUCUGGACUGUAAGGAGCAGCAGAAGAACAACAAGGGGGGAAUCAACAAGUCGGUGUGGGAACAACGCACCAAGGAGCUGAGGAGGCAGACGCUGGUGACCAGCCGCGAGGCUCUCUACAACGAGCUGGACACUGAGGAGCACUGGAAGGCAAGCGGAGGGAGGGAGGAGCAAAACAAUGUGAACUUCGCACGUAACUCCCGCCCAGACAUGAAGACCCACCUGGAUCGUCCGCUGGUUGUUGACCCCCAUGAGAACCGCAACAACAACACCAACAAGACCACAGCAAACAAUGCAGACCUCUGCUUCAGCCAGCACCAUCCUGCCGACGAGCUCCACAGACAGACACGCCUCCACGAACACGUUGGCCAAGUGGGAGGAGUUGGAGGAGGGGGCUCUGGGACGGCGAGGCCUCCCCUGGAGCGCGGCGAGUCCUCGGAGAGCAGGCGCAGUCGUAAAAGCGAGCAUCACCACCACUCCUCUCAUGUCCGACUGGAUGCCACGGUGAUUCCCGGGCCCGGCUCGGAGGACAGGCCUGCCCGGCGCCAUCACCACACCCGGAGCGGCAGUCGAGGCGCGGGACAGUCGGAGCACAGGAAGCCCAGGUCACAUCGGAAAAAUGCAGAGGAGGGCGAGGAUGGCGGCGGAGGAGCGGGGAAAACAGGGAGACAUAAGAGCAGAGGGGUGGAGGGAGGUGGAGAAGGAGGAGAGCAGGAAGGAGCUGGGGAAGGCAGUGAGAGGAGGCCAAGAAGAAAUCGCCAUGGAAACCAGACGGACGGCGAGGGGAAGAGGAUGUGCCAGCACAGAAGGAAGGAGUGCAGUGUCCCUAACCUCUCCACCACGCGGCCCAUUCAGAAGAGCCUCCCCCGGCAGGACAGCCAGUACAGCGAGGACAUGGACAACCUCAUGAACACCAAACUGGUCUCCGGCUCCACCCCACCCGGCGAUGUUCACCCUAAUCCCCUCGCCCACCACCCUGCGGCCCCAGGCUUUGGAUCCGCCCUCCAUCUUGCAAACAGUAGCACUCACGGGAGUUUGGUGACAUUAGAUAGCUACGGGAGCAUCGCCCAUCACCGUACCAACAGUGUCCUCAGGCUGCCUCACCCUGACUACACAGCUCUAGACAUGCCUAUUUUUCCAUCCAUCAAUGCCAUACUGCAAGUCAAUAAGAAUGCCAACACGGAGCCACUGCCAGCGAAAGAGGAUAAGGACGAUGAUGAUGAUGAGAAGAGAGGUGAAGGAGGACCCAGGCCAAUGCCUCCUUUCAGCUCCAUGUUCAUCCUGUCCACCACCAACCCGUUUCGGCGUGCCUGUCACUACGUUUGCACCCUGCGAUAUUUUGAGAUGACCAUCCUGCUGGUCAUUGCCAUGAGCAGCAUCGCGCUGGCUGCUGAAGACCCCGUGUGGCCCGAAUCCCCCCGCAACAAUGUCCUACGCUAUUUUGACUACGUCUUCACAGGAGUAUUCACAUUUGAGAUGCUGAUUAAGAUGGUGGAUUUGGGCCUGGUCUUGCACCAGGGCUCUUAUUUCCGGGACUUGUGGAACAUCCUUGACUUUAUAGUGGUUAGUGGUGCUCUGGUGGCCUUCGCCUUCACCAGUGGCGGCGGGGGAAGCAGUAAGGGAAAAGACAUCAGCACCAUCAAGUCUCUGAGGGUGCUGAGAGUGUUACGACCUCUGAAGACCAUCAAACGUCUUCCCAAACUCAAGGCUGUCUUUGACUGUGUGGUGAACUCUCUGAAGAAUGUGCUCAACAUCCUGAUUGUCUACUUACUCUUCAUGUUCAUCUUUGCUGUGGUGGCCGUGCAGCUGUUCAAGGGACGCUUCUUUUACUGCACUGACGAAUCCAAAGAGUUUGAGCGCGAUUGCAGGGGCGAAUAUCUGGUGUAUGAAGGCGUUAACGAAGUGAAGGCGCAGAAGCGGGAGUGGAAGAAGUACGAUUUCCACUACGACAACGUGGCUUGGGCCCUACUCACCCUCUUCACCGUGUCUACCGGAGAGGGGUGGCCGCAGGUGCUGAAACAUUCAGUGGAUGCGACUUAUGAGAACCAGGGCCCGAGCCCGGGGUACCGGAUGGAAAUGUCCAUCUUUUACGUGGUGUACUUCGUGGUCUUCCCCUUCUUCUUCGUCAACAUAUUCGUGGCUCUAAUCAUCAUCACUUUCCAAGAGCAAGGAGAUAAGAUGAUGGAGGACUAUAGUUUAGAAAAAAAUGAGAGAGCCUGUAUAGAUUUUGCCAUCAACGCCAGACCUCUGACACGCCACAUGCCUAAGAACAAGCUGAGCUUCCAAUACAGAAUGUGGGAGUUUGUGGUGUCGCCGCCAUUUGAAUACACUAUAAUGGCAAUGAUCGCGCUCAACACCGUCGUGCUAAUGAUGAAGUAUGAUGGAGCUUCUGAUACAUAUGAAGCUGUGUUAGCCAACUUGAACAUAGUGUUUACCUCGCUCUUCUCCAUGGAGUGUGUUCUCAAGAUUAUCGCCUUUGGAGUACUGAAUUAUUUCAAAGAUGCCUGGAAUAUUUUUGACUGUGUCACAGUUCUGGGCAGCGUUACCGACAUCCUGGUUACGGAGCUUGGGAUGAAUAAUUUCAUCAACCUAAGUUUCCUGAGGCUGUUCAGGGCAGCUCGUCUCAUCAAGCUGCUGAGGCAGGGAGAAACCAUUCGCAUCCUGCUCUGGACCUUCGUUCAGUCCUUCAAGGCGCUGCCUUAUGUCUGCCUCCUCAUCGCCAUGCUGUUCUUCAUUUACGCCAUCAUUGGCAUGCAGCUGUUUGGGAAUAUCGCUAUUGAUGAAGAAGGAGAGAGUGCCAUCAACCCGCACAACAACUUCCAGACCUUCGUAAUGGCUCUCAUGCUGCUCUUCAGGAGUGCGACGGGGGAGGCGUGGCAUGAGAUCAUGCUGUCGUGUCUGGGGAGCAAGGAGUGCGACCCCCUGACAGGAAAUCCAGAGCCAGAGUGUGGCAGCCAGUUUGCUUACCUCUACUUUGUCUCUUUCAUCUUCUUCUGUUCAUUCUUGAUGCUGAAUCUGUUUGUCGCCGUCAUCAUGGACAACUUUGAGUACCUGACGCGAGAUUCCUCCAUUCUGGGACCUCACCACCUGGAUGAGUAUGUCAGGAUAUGGGCCGAGUAUGACCCUGCUGCCUGCGGGCGCAUUCAUUAUAAGGACAUGUACAGUUUAUUGCGAGUUAUCGACCCGCCUCUCGGCUUAGGAAAGAAAUGCCCCCAUAGGGUGGCCUGCAAGAGACUGCUCCGUAUGGAUCUGCCUGUUGCCGAUGACAACACGGUCCACUUCAACUCCACUCUCAUGGCCUUGAUCCGCACGGCACUGGACAUCAAGAUCGCCAAGGGCGCAGAAGGUGGGGUUGACAAGCACCAGAUGGACGCCGAGCUGAGGAAAGAGAUGAUGGCGAUCUGGCCCAACCUCUCGCAGAAGACUCUAGAUUUGCUGGUUACGCCGCACAAGUCCACAGACCUGACAGUUGGGAAAAUCUAUGCUGCCAUGAUGAUCAUGGAGUACUACCGGCAGAGCAAGAUCAAGCGCUCCCAGGCUCUUCGUGAUGAGCAGCGCGUGGAGCCACCUUCCCCAGGCCAGGAUGGGGGUACGGGACUGAACAACGCCCUUCCUCCACCUGAGACGACAGAGACGGUCAACGGCCUGACGGUACAGGGGGGGAUCCCGGCGAGCCAAUCGUGGGUGACGGCUCGUGCUCAGGAGAUGUCCCAAAAAGCCGGCAGCUGGAGCCCUGAGGGACACCCUGAGGACAGCCUGGGGAGCAUGAGCAACUCUCAGACGGUAGAGAUGAGAGAGAUGGGGCAGGAUGGUUACUCGGAUACUGAGCACUUUCCACCAAUGGAAGGCCAUGGCAGGGCCGCUUCCAUGCCCCGCCUCCCAGGCGACAACCAACCCAUAAAUGACAGCAGUCCCAUGAAGCGCUCGGCCUCGUCGCUGGGCCACAGCAGGUCCGGCCGGGGUCACAGAGACAAAGGAGACGACUACAACAUGGAGUGUGUGCCUGAGGAGGAGAGGACUUCUCGGCAUGGACACCGGCGAAAAGACCGGGGUCACCGGGCCUCUGAGAGGUCGCUCUGCCGCUACACAGAGGCUGACACAGGCCUGGGCACGGAACUGAGCACGACCACGCAGUCCGGGGACCUCACGUCCAAAGACAAGGACCGCGACAGAGACCGCGGCCGGUCCAAAGACCGUAAGCACCACCACCACCAUCACCACCACCACGGCUCCGUGGACAAGGAGCGCUAUGUAGCAGAGCGAGGGGGCGAGUACGGACACAGGCACUCCCGCGAAAGAGAGCUUGAGGACAGGGAGAGAGAGAGGGACCGGCGCUGGUCUCGAUCGCCCAGCGAGGGUCGUGAGGGUCACGAGGGUCGGGACGGCUUGACGCACAGACAGGGCAGUAGUUCGGUCAGUGGAAGUCCCGUCCCCUCUACGUCGGGGACCAGUACGCCACGUCGCGGCCGCCGACAGUUGCCUCAGACCCCCGCAACCCCCCGGCCCCAUGUCACCUACUCCCCUGUGGUCCGUAAGGCCAUGCCCGCAGCACCUGGGGGGCCCCAGGGCCGCCCCCCCGCUCCUGCCCCUCGGCACUUUUCUCCCGAACCUCCUCAAGGCCAGGGCCCCCCCCCCCUCUGUCCUCCUCCAGCCCACCAUGGCAUAUCCCGCCAGGGUCAUCACCCCCCGGCUCGCUGGGGGGACACGGAUGGAGGAGGGGGCUCCAUGGAAGGGGACGGUUGCUUCUACAACCAGGACUAUGACCCCCACCAUGAACCCCCUGCUUACGAGCAGAACCCCAUGCAGGGUGGCAACCCGCACCCCCACCCUCAACCUCAUGCCCUGGCCAACCACCCACUGCCACCUCCCCCACAACAACAACAACAUAACCCCCAUCCACUGCCUCCACCCCAGCCCCACCCAGUAAACAACCCCCACCCUCAUCCCCCGCCCCACCAGCAGCCCAGUCGCACCUCCCCAGGACUGUCGGCCAUGCACCCCCCCCCCACCACGGCCCUGACGGGGCCUGUGCAGGGCCAGAUGCAGCCUGCUGUCCAGCGGCGCCUACCCAACGGAUACCGCUCUUCAUCUCCAUCCAAACAUAUCCAUGGACCCCCACACACGGGGCCUCACAAGGUCCCCCCUCCACCCGGGCAUCCCAAAGGUCCCCGCAAGGGCCUGCAUGAACCCUACAGUGAGAAGGAGGACGACGACUGGUGCUAGCCUCUGGGGAUGGGUGAGGGGCGUACGGAGGAAAAAUAACUGAUAGAUGGACGGAAAAAUGGAAACGGGAAGCUCCGAGCGAGAGCUCUGACUGCCAAGGGAAACCAUGAUUCCUUCUUUCUUGCCUGUUCAAUUUUUUCUCCCCUCCACUGCUUGGCAUGUCCCAGUGAUGCUGGGCUGGGUGGAGGGAAAGGUGUCAGGAUGAAGGGGUGGAACAACAAUGCAGAGGCAGGACCAGUAGAAGUGGAACACCACCUCCACGUUCUGCUCGCAUUGUUGUAGCAUUCAUUUGUUGAUGCCAAAUAAGACCAACCUCAAACUGCAGGAUGCAAGCAGCCGGGGUGACUACACUAGUCUGUGUGUGUCUUAAAUUCUGCCUCCGGCAACGAUCUACAGCCACUUACAAGAUGUCAAGAGUUGCGACUCGACAAAAGACACUUUACAGUCCGAGACAAAAGAACGACCACUGUUUUGUUUUUGUUUGCUUCUCAAAGCCAACUUCAGUUAAGUUAGCUGCAAAAAGAAUCAAACCCAACCCUCCCAGCCACAAGUUGAAUAUUGAUGAGUUUUAUCAUCUGUGUUUUUAAAUAAGAACCAAACUGACAAUGAGCCCUCCACCUGUGUGAGGUGAGGAGGCUGCGUGGGUGGGAGAGUUGGGGAUUGUUGCACGGGGGUGGGGGGGUUGACGAGUCCCUGGUCAAAAUGUAGAGGAAAGGAUGGGUGUGUUUGGGAUGUUUCCUCCUCCCAGAAACAAACAAUUGAACCAACCUCAACCCAUGACCUAUGAGAGAAGAAAAAGAAAAGCGUGGAGAUGGGUUUCAGAAACAAAAAACAAACCAUUAACUGUUUUCUGCAGUAUUUCUUCUUCUAUUCCUGCUUCUUCUUCUUCUUCCUCCUUCUCUUCUACUUCUUCAGAACAUUGAAGCUUGAAUCUUCUGUUGCACCCAACACAGCUUCGUUUUUUAGACUUGCGGAGUUGUACACCCUGUGGAAUCCUGCAUGAAUGAUAGAAAAAAUAAUAAUAAUAGCAACAAUGAGAAUCUACUGUAUGUGGGGGGGAACUCUACUUGGUCCUUUCCGUUGUGGUCUGCAGGGUUUCUCUCCUUUUUUUGGAAGUAAAAAUGCCUUUCUGUUUCUCUCCGUCUCCUCUGUAGGACAUUACUCUUCCUGUACCUUCAUUUACACUGAAAUCAAGUGAAAGAAGGCUAUAGGGAGAUUUGAUAGUUACUGUAUGUUUAUCCAGAAGGAACAAAAUUAUUACGUUUUGCUUGCUUGUCUGUAUGUCCUGUGUCAGAUGCCUGCCACUGAUACAGAUGGAAUUGCACAUACUUUUUUGUGGAAGUAACUUUUUGUAACUACGCUGAUAAAAACGAUAUAACGGGAAGCAGGGUAACGUUGAUAAGAGAUGUGGGGUCCAAUAUUGGUGAACAAGUCAGUAACAUCUCAAAGUCUUCCAGGGUUUGGGCUUAAAAAAACAUGCGAGAGGAAGAGACCAAUAGAAAGGCGAGGGAAAGGAGAGAAACUCUUCAUCUUUGUUUUCUUUGUUAUCGACCGUCAUGGUGGACAAUCUGAUGAUAUAGUGACUUCUAAUGAUCAUGUCGAUUGUGAUAAUGAGACAGAUUCUCCAUUUUGGGUCUGUUGUUUCCGUUCUGUUUGAUUUUGAGCUCAGCUAAUCAUUUGUCCAACCCUAAGGUGGAGCUCUAACCCACAGUUGCAUCGUGGGAGAAUGAGUCUGCGGGUGGGAAAACAUGAAGCGGUGAUUGUCACUAUAUAGAAUUUGAACCGUGGGUUAAUUUGAUUUAGAGCGCCCUAAGAAUUGGCCAAACACAGCAGUAGCCUCCAGGUUUCUGCAGUGAAAUUAAAAUAAGUUUCCUGCAGAUGCGAAAGAGUUCCACCACCGCUUGUGACCUUCCGGGGGCGCUGUUUGACAGUGUGUUUUUUACCUCUCCUUUGACUUCAUUUCUGAUUCGGAGUCGAUGCACCAAGUAUACAGUUUAGCUCAUUCUCUCACUCGUGUUGCACAGUGCAGGCGGGUUGGAGAAAAGAUGUGUGGGCCUCGUCAUGGUCCCUGAAAACAUCUAUGUUCUGUGUGUAAUCACUCCUGUAUAUCUUUCAUUUCUUUCUUUGUGUUUCUCUGUGUGCCUCAAACUAACACGUGUCACUAAUGCACACCACUGUCAGCCCCAACAUUGUUAUUAUUAUUAUUAUUCUGUUCAUUCAUUUAACGUUUUUUUAACCUGGAGGCCUAUCACAUGUUGACCAGAGAAUGCACCGAAAAAAUUGAAAAGAAAAAAACUGCCUAUUAGUGUCUUUCCAACCUCAGUGGAAUGUCACAGACAAGUAUUUUUUCACAUCACUACACGUAAAAUCAGAAAGCACACUAAGUAUGUAGCUCCUGGUUGUGGUGUGUGUGUGUAAGUGGGUUUUUUGCGCGUGUGUGUGUACAUGAGUGAGUGUGUUUCAGAUCAAAUGUUUGAUGUUUUUGUGCUUGCUUUGCUUUCUAUUCUUUGUCUCCAGAAAUCCUUUAAAAAAAUAUUUUAGUCCAAUCAUUGUAUCAAAUUUCCGACUCUGUUUGUGUGUGCGUGUGUGUGCAUGUGAUGUCAGUAAACCCCUGAAUGAAACAGGCAUAGCCCCAAACAUUCACCAUCCAUCUUUGUGUCUAUGCUGCAGUGAAAUCCACUAACACGCUGAUUAACCACACAAAGUCUUCAAAAAGCAAUGUAAAGCCGCUACUGAGAAAAAAAGAGUUUUUUAAAUACAAAAGGUAAAAAAAAAAGGAAAAAAUAUCUAGUUCCAGAAAUGCAUGUGCUAUGUGCAUGCCACACCGUGGGUUAACAGUCAUCUUCAGGACAUAAAAGAAAAAGCAGAUUAAAGAAUUCAGAGGAAUUAAAAAAAAAGAUAUAUAAAUAGAUAGAUGUUUUUAAAAAGCAACGUUUCCUUUUUUUCCUUCUAUUUUUGAGAACAAAAAAGGUUAAAAAUUACAAAAAAAAAGUCUAAAGAGUUUAAAAAAACACAAGAGACUUUGGUGAGAGUUUGUUUUCUUCUGUUACAUGGGGUUGAGGCACAUCACGAAAAAAAAGAACUGUUUUUAAAAAAAAUAUUCAAAGAAAAGAAAGUACAGUUCAGAAGACAGAAGUGUAUUCUCCCUUCUACUUUGUGUGGGGGUCAGGGGGUACAGGAGCUAGCCAAAUCUGAUGAUGUCCUCAUUAUGAAUGGCUGUGGAAAACUUUGAUCUCUCACUCACUCCCUCUUUUUUCUCUCUCUCUAACUCUGUCUCUCUCACACUCUUAUCUGUCGCACUCUCAAACUGUCUCACCGCUAUUUCUACCAGUGCAUUUUGUAAUUCUAAACAGAACUCUUCCUAAAGAUUAAAAUCCAGAGAGAAUGCA